GUAGCUAGCACUACAACAACAUUUUAUAUUAUUUAUACCGCCCUAGUCUGCUUCUUGGACUGUUAGUUGUCAUGGUUUGAUAUUGCCGCUUGUGAAUAAUGGCCUAUGACUCAAUAACAUUUGGUAGAAAGUUAGCAUAAGGCUUUAGCUACAGUCUCCACAGACUCAGCACCUGAGGCUUCACUGCUGCUUUCCUGAUGGUGUUUCUCUGUCUGACAGUAGGAGGAUGGUGUGACAGCUCAAAACGUGUUCAUUUUACACAUCCAAAACAAACCUAUAAAAACAGUAUUAAACCUGGUUAUUGUCUGCAAUUAAACUUCAAUGAGCCAUUUAAAUUAAGGAACUGCUGUGCAUAUGAGACGUUUAUACAGGAGUAUUUCCAUUUGCUACUUUAUAUUUCAACUCUACUUCAUUUAUCUGACUAGUAUAGGAAGUAGUUACUUUUAAUCAUACAAAAUGAAAUCAUCAAAUAAAAUACUAUCUAUUAAAGAGCAACAUUGAAGUGAUUACACACUAGUGUGUCUACUUUAGUAAUUUAGUGAAGUCAAUGAAUGUGUGUCUGCUGUGUCAAUGUCUUACUUUGUCCUCUUCUAACUUGCUAUUGUAUUAUUUUACUAUCAACCUCAGAUAACCAAUUUCACUUAUGUUAAGGGCACAGUUCUAGACUUAUCUUAAAUGUUUAGUUAAUAGACCUAGGCUUUCACAGGGAUGUGGUCUCAGCUAUGUGAAAUACUCAACAUACAUUAGCAGAGCUUUUAGAAAUGAAGUAACAAUUAUUUUCUUGUUUUUGAAAUGUGAUUUAUCAUUAAAUAAUACACCUCACAGUUUCUGAAAGCCCAUGGUGAUCCUGUUUCGUACAAACAGUUCAAAACCCAAAGUAUUGAAAAACCAAUGGUAUAUCAUUUUAGAUUAAUUUAGAUUAGUUUUUCCUUAUUAUACAUAUUAUGCGUUUUUCAUUCUCCCCAGGACCGGCUCUCCAAAUGACGUCGCUCAUUUGCACUUUACAAGACCAUCGAGACGAUGUCAACUGGUGUGCCUUCUCUGGGAAACUGUUCGCCACGUGUUCUGGGGACAAAGCUCUCCGUUUAUACAACACCCACGAUUUCUCAGAGCUUCCCUUCUCACCACUGACGGGACAUGGAUACAGCGUCCACUGCUGCUGCUUCAGCAGCUGCGGACAGUUCCUUGCCUCAUGUUCUACUGAUGCCACCACCAUGGUUUGGUCCACGAGCACGGGCGAGAUCGAGGCUAUCCUUGAGCAUCCUGGCCGUAGUCCUGUGAGGAUCUGCGCUCUCUCUCCUGACUCUGCACACCUGGUUUCUGGUGCAUCGGAUGGCACCUUGGCUCUGUGGGAUUUCCCUUCCAAACAGCUGCUGAGGACCGGAGCAGUGAGUGACACGACGAUGGUGGCCUGCUCCUUCAGCCCCUGCAGUCAAGUGUUCAUGACGGGCUCCACUUACGGAGACCUGCGUCUGUGGGACCUGGACAUGAACCAGCUCCAUGCAGAGAAAAAUGCCCACGACCUGGGGGUCACCUGCUGCACCUUCGCUCCCAGCAUCCUCAGUGAUGGUCAUUUUGUGCAGUUUUGUCUGGCUUCCUGUGGGCAAGACAGUCACCUGAAGAUCUGGGCAGUUAACAAGUCCGGCUCAGGAGGCUAUAAGAUGCAGCUCCUGCACACAUUGACGGGCCAGUCGGCUCCAGUCCUCUGCUGUGCGUACUCUUCAGAUGGACAGCUGCUGGUGUCUGGCUCUGUGGACAAAACUGUUGCAAUCUAUGAUGCUAAAAAUGCAGUUUUGCUCUACGCACUGAACCAGCACGAGAGGUACGUGACGGCAUGCUGCUUCUCCCCAACGUCACCACUCAUUGCUACAGGCUCUAUGGAUAAGACUGUAAACAUCUGGAGGCUGGAGGACGGAUGCAGUGACCUUGGCGGGAAGUCAUUGCCUGAGCAGUCUGCUCUGCCAUCAAGUGAAGGGAGAACCUCAGCGGGCCGAUCCAGACUGCUGGUCAGCGAUUGGGCGGAGGGGGAUGUGUCAGCAUGGCUGGUGGAGGAAGGCCUCGAGGGAUUGGUGGACCGAUUCAUGGCCAACAACAUCGAUGGGACAGAGCUGCUCAGUCUCACCAAGGAAACACUGGCGUCAGAGCUGCACAUAGAGUCAGCAGGCCUGCGCAGUAAACUCCUGAGGAAGGUGGAGGGGCUGAAGAGUGAUUCAGUGUGUUCAGGCAUUCCCGAUGAGUUCCUGUGUCCCAUCACCAGAGAGCUGAUGAGGGAACCAGUCAUUGCUGCCGAUGGAUACUCGUAUGAAAGAGAGGCCAUCGAAAGCUGGGUCAACACUAAGAACAGAUCCAGCCCCAUGACUAACCUCCCUCUCCUGACGACCCUGCUCACCCCUAAUCACACCCUGAAAAUGGCUAUCGGCCGCUGGAAGACCAGCCACUAGCAUCUGAAACACUCUGACCCACAGGACCCCAAAUAUUUUCCCCACAGCAGAUAGGAUCCAAGGCAUUUCAGGAACAGGUGCAUCAGAUUCAUUGUUUUUCAUUCAAGGCAUCAGCACUCUAUCAGAGUUUCUUUGUUUGCAUUCAUUUAUAAAGCCAACUGUGAGAAGAAUCACAUCGACAGGUCUAAAUGUUGUUUGUGUUUGUUUUAAUUGGCAUAAAACCUAAAGUGAAUACAGAGCAAUAUGAGAAUCCGAGGGUAGCACUGCUUCUGGUCACCUGAGGAAUGCAAGGUUAUAUAGUAACAAAUCUUUAUAGCUAGUUUGAGAUCAUUUUAGCUGGAAACGUUGGAGACAAAGUUGUUCAGGAUUUACUUCCCUGUGCAAGCAAACAUCCAACUCUGAUGACAUUAUUGAUGACAAUUCUAAAUUUAAAACGACCCAAUUGAGAUGAGUUAGGUUGUAUUAUAUUUUUAUCCUUCCAUACACACUCUGAAGCUUUGGGACAUUUUAGAAAAUGGAUUUAUGGAUUACACUGUGAAAAAAAGAUGUAGAAAUGAAGUCCUCCAUUGAUAUUUUAUUAUACCACAAUGAUAAUGUGGUAACAUUCUGUCAUCCAUUGUCUGACUCAGAAAAGGCUAUAUGACAACUAUGGACAUACAGCAAUGUACACAGUCUGUUAAUAUUUUCUAUCCUUGACUGCUUGUGUAAACGCUCUCGCUCUUUGUUCAAAUAAAGCAAUUAACACUUAAUAUGAAUAUGUUCUCUGCUAUGCAAAAAUAAAUUACAUAUGCUGUGAAUAUUGAAGCAAUCAAUUCAA